UCCACAUGGGUCUGUCUUGCCGUUGUAGCGUAGCUGGGAGAAACACGAAAGGAGCCGCGUGCAUUGUUGUGAAUGGUAGAAGAGGAAAACACUAUUUACCGCACGACAAAGACGACUGACAACAACAGUAACAGAUUUGCAUUUGUGGAGUUGACAGAGUAGUCCUGCGUAUAGUCCUAGCCGUCUAGCUAUAUUAACUUACUGUUCAAAUGGGUUUACUCUUGUGAAUACCUGCAAAAAUGACAAAUAUCCUUUAGCAGGGUGCUUAUGCGUUUCUAUGUUCCCGGCAUUUUGCUUGCAGGAUUGCAUCUUUGUCUUAUGUAUGAAACUAGUGGGGCAGCAAAGGUCUGACCUUGUAGCGAUAUGUUGUCAGGCGUAGCUACUGUACUUCUGAAGAGAGGCACGUGGCUUCCCAGCUAACCUAACUUAAUUAACGAACGUCAUAAUAUUGAAGCUAUAUUGCCAAAUACUGUACGUUUGUCUUCGCCUGACACAACUGUACAAUAACACUCUAGAAAAGAUCCGGCUGCAUCGCUGCUGACGGAUUAUUAUCAUGGGAAGGACCUGCUGGAGGUUGUUACAGGUCUGGAUAACCAGUGGUGGUCCGCACAGUUACCGAAAACGCCUUCUCGGCAGAGGAAUCCUCCCACAUACGGGUAUAAGGAAUUUUGGGAGUGGGGGUCAGGAUCGCAGCGAUGGUACAAAUGACAGCAGCAGCAGCACCAGCCCAGAAUCCCCGCAACCCAGCCACCAGGAGCUGCCCACAGGACGACAACCGUUCGGGAGGCUGGGUUUCAGACAGCGCCCCCUGUCGCCACUGGAGAGAAUCAGCCGCCUGCUGCCCCCGGAUACACUCAGCCAGGAGGUGUGGGAGCUGCGAGAGGGGAAAGAGGAGGAGGAAAUGCAGGGCACACAGGGGGCCUCUGGUACCCCAGAAACUCCAGAGAUUCAGGGGGUUGGAAGUACAGACACACAGCGGCAGGAUGAGGAGAUGGAGGCCCCUGGGGAGGAGAUAGAGGUCUCAAGCAGUAGCCUGGAGGAGGAGCCCGACCCAGCUGGACCCAACCCCUCCCCCGCUCUUCCACCAGGGGAUCGCCCGCUUAGUUUCGGGGAGAUCGCCCUGGUCGAGUAUCACAGGAAGGGUCAGGUGCAUUUCCAGAAGAUGUUUCUGCUCCAGGAAGGGGGUUGCCUGAACAGCACCUGGGGGAUGGUCUUCCACAGUGCCAUCGUGGGGCGUCCCGCCGGCUCCCUCUGUCACAGCACAUCCGGGGCCCCCUUCCUCAUACGACGGCCCAGCCUGGAAGAGUACACGCUGUUCAUGAAGAGAGCGGCCACCAUCACCUACCCCAAGGACGCCAACGCCAUGCUGAUGUUAAUGGACGUCUCAGAGGGGGACUGCGUGUUGGAGACGGGCUCCGGCUCGGGAGCCCUGUCCCUGUUCCUGUCCCGCGCAGUGGGCACUCGCGGCAGAGUGCUGAGUGUGGAGGUGAGGAAGGAUCACCACCGGAGGGCGCUGGCUAACUACCAGCGCUGGCGUUCGGCGUGGGCGUGGCGUCGCGGGGAGGAGUGGCCCGACAACGUCAGCUUUCACAACACCGACCUCCGCACGGCGACCCACCUCCUCACCGGGCACGGAUUCCACUCGAUUGCGCUGGACAUGCUGAACCCUCACCUGGUCCUACCUGUGUUGUUUCCUCACCUGCACAACGGGGGUGUGUGCGCCAUCUACCUGGCCAAUGUGACGCAGGUGGUGGAUCUGCUGGAGGGCAUCCGGAUCACUGGCCUUCCUCUGAGGUGUGAGCGCGUGCUGGAGGUGCAGUUCCGUGAUUGGCUGGUGGCCCCAGCCUUCCAGAGAAGAGACGGGAAGCGGGUGAACCGAGUCGCACCCUCGCAAGGAGACCAGGAGGAAGAGGAGGCCGCCCAGCUGGACGAAGAGCAAGAGGAGUCGGGAACCAAUGGGAGCAGGCCAUUUGGGACCCUCCCGUACAUCGCCCGCCCCCACCACGUACAGGGCAGCCACACAGCCUUCCUGGUGAAGUUGCGGAAGGUCUUGCCCCCCUAGCUCACAGCGCACUGCAGCUCCAGGGAAGAGCGCAAGAUAUUCAUCUGAAGAUGCCGCUUUGUACCUUUCUUAAUAAAUGCGCAUUUAAUC